GUACCCCGGCAAAACAGUAGCUGGAUCAUACUGCCCACCGGCCGCACUUCUUGGGGAUUGGACUGGCAUGGUCCCAGUGCGCAGGAUGCAUGGCAAAGUGUAGAUGCCCUAGGUGCCAUCUUGAAAGGCCACACCCCUUGGCACCUUUGGAGACUACCAGAUGAUGCUCGCGUGAUCCUCGUCGGCCAUUCCAAUGGUGGGCAGGGUACAUGGUACAUGGCCUCCAGAUACCCGGACCGCGUCAUAGCCGCGGUGCCUGCUAGCGGUUACAUCAAAUCGCAAUCAUACGUGCCACUAACGCAGUCUAGGUCCGCGCAUUUCAUAGACCCAGCGCUCCGUGCAAUUCUUGAGACAUCGUUGACGCCUGACGACAAUGAUCUAUUCCUGUCGAACCUGGUAAACACCCCUGUCCUCGCAGUGCAUGGGGGGCUCGAUGAGAAUGUACCUGUGUGGCAUUCAAGAGAAUACAUCGGCAUCUUGAAAUCUUGGAAUCCAACAGUCAAUGUCAGGUUCGUCGUCGAGAGUCUGCAUACACCCGGAAGGCUAGGGAGACUGGUGGUCUCCCAACGUGAUAACUUCACGGAGGUCAGGACGGUCAAUAUCCGGACGUUCUCCAUCCAUAGCCGCAAUCUGCCUACUGGUGAUUUGGUUAUCAACGGAAUUGACGUGUCGAUAGCCACUUCUGCAAAGGAGGCUGGCUCUGUCCGUCUCAGAUUCUCAGUUGAUCGUCCGGGUCAGGUAUAUGUACUCGAUAAUGUUCAGCCUUCCGGCCGCAUGUCGACAGCUUUAUCAUCCAAGGGGCCUGUGCUCAUUGUUAUCUCCGAUACUAGGGAGACCCGAUCACUCUCGGUUGCCCUGCGACUUGCCCAUGUCCUCAACCUGUAUCAUAAGCUGGACGCGGAAAUCAUCACUGACGAUCAUUUGAUGCGGCUAGUACAGGAGGAUCAGGUAGGAGGGGGCACCCUAGUCGUCAUCGGGAACACGUCCGGUAAUUUCACGACAUGGUGUUUGGGUCGCGGGGAGACGCCGUUUGCUAUCCAGGGUACCGCGUUGGCACUGCAAGGUCGUUCAUUGGGCGGUGACUCCGUGGGUGCCAUAUUUCUACACCCGCACCCGACUCGCUCGGACGAUAACGUGGUCUUCAUGCUCGCAGAUGACCCUUUGACUCUGGAGCGCGUAGUAAAGCUGUUUCCUGUCCGGACUGGUGUCACCGUGCCAGAUUGGUUGGUCAUUAGCGGAAGUUCUAUCGAUCAACGAGGAGCCGCAGGUGUGAAGGGAGCGGGGUUCGUUUACUAUUGA